UUGGUGCUAACAGUAGGCAUUUAAUUAAUGGAUCGCGUUUAGUUCGUUUGUCCGUUGAACUGGCCAUUGCGUGACCUCUGACCCCGAAGCCUACCCGAGACUGCUGACUGACCGUCACGUUUCUUGCAAGCUUUCGCCAUGAAUCGCACUGAUUACGACACAGCGUUCAGCUGCCCGGUCUGCCUGGGGCCCAGUCAGAACAUGGUGUUCGGCAUGUGCCAGCACUUCGUGUGCGCUUCCUGCCUGUACGAGCCGGUCGACGAAAGUUUGAAGGCUGCGCUUCAGUGUUGUCCCAUCUGCAAAGCCAAGAACGCAUUCCCACUUUACUGCCCAGACAUUCCGGACACCACUAAGCAGCUGAUGAACAUUGCUGGCGUCGUGAAGUGCCCUCGGAAGCGGUGUGGCGAGGAAAUGUGGACUUGGGAGGAGAAAGAACACGAAAAGGUUGCGGAGAACUUCAACGGUGUUACAGUGGUGUUCUGA